GGACGCGUGCGCGUGUCUCUUCGGCAUGCAGGAGUGCGGCGCGCGCUCGCCGCCGCGAACCGAAACGCCUUCCAACGCGUGGAACCACUCCCAAUUAUCGGAUCAUCCUCCUUUCGCGUCCCCACCCACGCAGCAUCCCGGGCAUGAGAAACAUAUUCACAAUUCAGUAUCAAAUCAGUACUCAUUAAAUAAACAGUGCAGUGCGUCAGUCUGGGAGAGGAAUCGGCACGGACGAUUUUCACCAACGCUCAACAUGCUCAACAAUCUCGGCGCCGUUGUCGGCAUAAAAGAGAUGUGCGGAGAAGACAUCAAACGGCAUCCAGGUGAAUUGAAAGUACUGGAUCAGCCGCGAUUGAGCGGCCUCUGCGACUCUGCCGGCCUGCCGCCGCUCGGAUCGCUCGGCGGCAGCUCCAGUGAUGGCGAUAAGCCUACCAAACAGAAGCGGCAUCGCACCCGCUUCACGCCCGCACAACUCAACGAAUUAGAACGGUGCUUCUCGAAAACGCAUUAUCCCGACAUUUUUAUGCGAGAGGAGAUUGCCAUGCGGAUUGGUCUUACAGAAUCGCGAGUUCAAGUAUGGUUUCAAAAUAGACGUGCCAAGUGGAAGAAACGAAAGAAGACCACAAACGUAUUCCGCACGCCAGGCGCUCUGCUUCCAUCACACGGUCUUCCGCCUUUUGGUGCCAUGGGCGAUGGCCUCUGCGGCUCCAGUAUGUUCAGCACGUCAGAGUCGAGAUGGGGUGUUGCGGGCAUGGCCACAGGGUUAGGACAGCUGAGCCAGAGCGGAGUAUCGAUGGGUGGCUUCGGGCAGUCGCUGGGACAACUAAAUCAAACCUCGGGAUUAAGUCCUGCCCUACCAAUAAGCACGACAGCCGCAAGUACGGUUUAUCAGGCGCACUACGGAUUAAACUCUUUAGGUGAUACGAUGAUGACGUACUGCAAUAACAAUAAUACAGGUGGCGGGGGCGGUGGAGGUAACGGGAGGGGCGGUGGCGGUACGGGUAGUUCGCCGCCGCCGCAGAUACCUUGUUCGAGCGCUGCUAGUCCACCAGGGACGGCGGGCGGCUCGCCUAACGAUCAGGAGGACGACGUCUGGCGCGGCCACAGCAUAGCCGCCCUGCGGCGGCGAGCGUCUGAACUGAACGCCGCCAUACCAUCCUAUCUGCAGAUCAACUACGACACACACAAUAACGCAUCAGUGUAUUAAUUUUCUUUGAGCGCGUGAUCUCCGUGUUGGAUUUUACAAGGUAAAAUAAAUGAAGGACUUUACUUAAAUUGUCAAUCAAAUAAUUUAUAAUUCAACAUUUCAUUUCGCGGAUACAUCUGCUGUAUGAUAUACAUAUUAUUAUAUGAAUUUAUUACUUAUAGAUAGGUAUUUAGAUGAGACUCACUUGACUCAUGCGGUUUUACGAUAAAUUUUUAAAUUGUAUAAUAAAAAUUUGAUGUUAUAAUUUAUAAAAGACCCGCAUUGACACAAUUAAAAACACAUAAGACAUUAUUUAUUUACAACUAAAAGUAUGACCUUAUUCUUGAAAUAUUUCUGAUGAGAAUAAGACCAAUUUAACGAAAAACUUUCUAAUCAUAAUUAAUUUCAAACAUUGCAUAGUACCAUCUAGUCGUCCAAAAGGUAAAGAUUAUUUUAACGAGAAGAAAUGCAGCCGUUUUGGUUAAUGAUUUUUAUUAGCAAGUACUUAUACAAAAUUUACUACAUUAUUAUAAAUAAAAAAGAAAUAUUAGUCUUAAUACAAUUUCAAUUUUAUCUGUGGCGUCUGUAUACGAUGAUAACGAUAACAAUAUGUAAUGUAAACUGUAAAAUAAUUUAUUGUACAAAGUAUUUUAUCAAUAAUUAUGAUAGUACUAAAAUAUAGUUAAGUUAUAAGAAUGAAUGAAUACCAAACAUAUACGCUGUGUACAAUGCGUUCACACUUCUACUUUUAAUAAUAUAAAUACAUAUAUUAAAUGAAAAGAAUACUUUAAUAAACGUAUGUUUAGUGUGAUGUGUUAAUUAUAAUACUACAUAGUUGUAAACGAUUAAACUAUAAAUCUUUACUAUUAACAUAUAGUAUAACGAUACAAAAAUAAGAUGAACAUAAAAUGCCAUUUAAUCACUCAAUGAAUAUGUAAUUUUAAAAAACAUGCUAUGAUUUUGAUGAUUUUAAAUUGGCAUAUUGGCAUUUUUCAGUGAUUCAAAAUACUCAGAGACGACGCAGCUGUAUACGUUUAUAAUUAUUGGUAUUUAUCAAAUACCAAUAUUAUUUAUAAAAACAUACAAAUUGAUGGAACAAAUCAUAGCAACAGUAUACGAAAAACACACAAAUUUAUAGCAUAAACAAUGAUGAUUAAAAACAGCAUUAAAGAAUAUCUAGAUUAAUUUUUAUUUUUCUAACAAUGCAUUUAAAAUAUAUCAUGUUCCUAUGAUUUAUUUAAUUUCAAACUGCAUUAAAAAUGUAAAAGAGGUUAUUCGCCAAAGUAAAUUAAGUGGCAUUAGUUGAGUUUUAGUUGUCGUUUUAUCAGUUCUCUGUGGACAUGCAUUUUUGUUGUAUACUGUAAUAUUAUGUGUAAUAAAGGAGCGAUCAAUGUAUUACAAACUUUAAA